AUGAACUGGGCAGAAUUUUCAAAAACCGCGGAAACCAUAGCUGCGCUUACUCCUUUUACCCUGGCGCCACAACAGAGGGCUGUGACCCCGGUGGCUCCUUACAUGGAGCUAGCCAUCCUGAGUGGAGAGAGCAUAGAUACCGCUGGCUCGGGCCUUUCUGAUGUAUCGUGUCCUCCACUGUCAACUGUAGAGGCCCCAAUCUGGGGGUCUUUAGCACUUUCCACAUAUAGUGAUCGUGAGCCAGACCCUGCUCUUCGGGCUGCAUUUCAAGCUUGGCGUGCCCAGGCAAAGAUGAGGAGAUUGAUCCUAAAACCGUAUAGACGCAUUGUCCGGCGAUGGCACCGUCUAACAGAAGAGUCUAAGCGAGGAGAAGUCGCUUGGUCAUUUUAUCGACAAGCACUUUUGCAGAAGGCCUUCAAUUCUCUUUUGUAUCGAGUUACCACUUGCACCCAUCUCACCGCACGACUGGGGUUUAAAACUCUGAGGGAUAUUGCUACCAUAAGGAAACACGAACGCGAUGUGGCUGACGAAUACUACUGUGCCCGUCUUUGUGCCAAGACUUUACGCGGCCUUUUUCAAUCAAUUACAAAGCGCUGCCGGAUCUUUCUCCAAAUCCAGAGGGCUCGCGAACUGCGUCUUCUCUCUCAUACGUUUAGGCACAUGCGAGUCGAGGCGUCUCUCAUUGCAUUAGCAUUUCGCAUUUAUCGACGCAUAACACUACAUAAAGUUGUUUCCAUUUGGCGACGUAUGCUGCGUAUUCAUGUGGUAGAACAGCGCGUUAACCAGGUGAUCUUACGUCACUGCUUCAUUAGGUGGCGGCACCGAUACAGACGCAGUCUUGCGCUCUUGCGUGAUAUGUAUGUCCGCCAGGGGUAUGACGAAGAUCUGGCGCUUACUCUGGCGAUUGCUUCAGAGAACGUCUGCCUCUUGCUCCGCGCUUUCUAUAGUUGGCUGAAAAGAACAAGACAUAAGUUACAUCAGAAAAUGUUGCAAUCCGUCAUUAAUGCAUUUCAGCGACAGCAUCUUUUGCGGUCUGCCCUAUGCAGUAUAACGGAGCGUUACAAAACGAUACUGGCGAGACGCCAGGCUAUUUCUUCGUGUCUGCAGUCUAUUGAUCGUCGAACUUUGAUCCUUACCCUCAGAAGAUGGAAGGGCAACGCGCAAAGUGCUAAGAUUGCCCGUAUUUCUUCCAAUAUGGUCGCACGCGAGCAUAACCUCCUAGUACAGGAACAGGCUUUCUGUGCCUGGAGAGUUGCUUGGAAUAUGCAUCGUACAGCAAGAGCAAGAUAUGGUCCACUUGCAUCUUCUCUGAAUAGGAUUCUUGUGCGUUAUAUAUUUCACGAGUUGCAACAGAAGUACGAGGAGAACCGCUGCCGAUUGGAGCGGGCAACUGAAUUCCACGAAAUACUGGUGAAACAAUCGCUACAUAAAGUGUUUAGUGCCUGGUAUGUACGUUUUCUAGAACAAGAAAACACCGUGCAAUUUCUCAGCUCUAUUGUACACACGCUGGCAGACAGAGCCUAUGAUGUCUGUCACACGCGGGUACUUCGUCCUGGGAAGUGGUUUCUCGAUACUCCUUCUUAUAGACUUCUACGGAAGGCUUGGGAUGCUUCCUGGUGGAAGUACAAAAAGCGUUCUGCUUAUAGAGCAGUUCUCUUGCAAGCAGACAAGGAUUAUAACAAUAAAGCUCUUGUGCGCACAUUCUCUACAUGGAGAAUUGAGACAAAAGUAUCUAUUCUUUUGGCAAUCUGGUACCCCAGGAUACUUAGUGGCACCUUCACAGCUUGGCGCCUGGCUGCAGAAGGAAGUCGAGCGAUUGCCCUUAUGGAGUCCCAAGCCAGAAUGAAGCAUGAAUACUCUUUGAUGCAUUGGACUUUCUGCUACUGGAAGCACAUACGCAAGGUCUUGUCCACAGAGCGCCAGCUAGAGCAGACAAUCUACUAUAGAAGAGCCACACACAUCCUCAUAUUAUCGUUUAGAAGCUGGCACGCUGCGUAUCUUCAAGACGUAUAUCUUAGAGCCAAAGAGCAGGAAGUGGCAGCCUCAUGGUCCCGAACAUCCCUUGCUAUUGCACUGCGCAGCAUAUGCGCGGCGUACCUUUCACGCUUACGCUUCAGGGCAAACAGGAGGAGAAACGUGUUCACUGAGACGCUCGAAGGAAUAACCGCCAGCCUUUCUUCCAUCUGCAUCGGCCGUUUGCUACUGGACAUCCGCACGGAGCACAUGAGAAUGUUGGUCCAUAUCUCACCUUUAAGGGUCGGGCAAAUAGUCAAGAGCCCAGUCGCUGCUGUGGUGUGUGAUCAAGGGUCUUCCCUACGUAGCUCACCCGAGCGUUCGCACUGGGAAAUAUUACGGGGACAUAGAGAGAAGUACAGGUCAACGUAUGAAGAAGAUAGCGUUGGGAUCAUCCCACACAAAGUCCAGGACUGCGGGGCUCGGCAGCUCAUUGAUAUCCUUGACAACAAGAUAGCAGCACUCGGUCAUCGUCUGGCAGGAUGUAGCCCAUAG